AUGAAGCCCGCCGAGAAGCACUUUCGCUGCACCAUCUGUCAGCGGGGCUUCACGCGCAUUGAUCAUCUGAAGCGGCACCAUCUAAGACACUCCGGCUUGAAGCCCUAUUCCUGUGUUUUUUGUAACGAAUCCUUCGCGCGGUGGUCAGUCGCAAAAGACGCCUCGAUCAAGAUUUCCCCAACGGAGAGGUUCCGGUAG